UACUGUACGUCAAUGGUGCCGUUAUGCACCCAUCGAUGAUGCCGGCCGGCUGAGAUGUCAACGCUAGUUACGCUAUUGCCGCCACCAAUCAAACUGCCCCGACAUAAACAAACACGCACACAAGCAAACUGACAAACACGCCGGGGCCUUCUUCAUAGCGAACAGCAGUGACCAGACUAGCCUGGCCACGGUGAAUAACAGUAUCCCCAUCCUCAGAACGAUCCGAGCAGCCAGCAGCCAGGAUGACCAGCCUGCAGGCACCAAACGACGGGACGAAGGCGGAUGCGGCGCACUUCCUGUUCGUCCCGCUCAUGGCUCAGGGCCACAUCAUCCCGGCCAUCGACACCGCGCUGCUGCUGGCCACGCAGGGCGCGCUCUGCACCAUCGUCGCCACGCCCUCCACCGCGGAGCGCGUACGCCCCGCCAUCGACUCCGCUCAGCGGUCCGGCCUGGCCGUCAGCCUCGCGGUCUUCCCGCUCGACUACGCCGCGGUCGGCCUGCCCGACGGGAUGCCGGGCGAAGCGGACAACAUGGACGACCUCCCCGUGCACCUCAUCGGUACAUACUUCCGCGCAACGGCGCUCCUCCGGGAGCCCAUCGAGAGCCACCUCCGCGCGCCGGACGCCCCGCGGCUCCCGACGUGCGUCGUGUCCGACUUCUGCCACCCGUGGACCGCGGAGCUCGCGGCCAGCCUCGGUGUCCCGCGGCUCAGCUUCUUCAGCAUGUGCGCAUUCUGCCUCCUGUGCCAGCACAACGUCGAGAGGUUCAACGCCUACGACGGCGUCCUCGGCUACAACGAGCCGGUCGUCGUGCCGGGGUUGGAGAAACGGUUCGAGGUGACGAGGGCGCAGGCGCCGGGGUUCUUCCGGGUGCCCGGGUGGGAGAAGUUCGCCGACGACGUGGAGCGCGCGCAGGCCGAGGCCGACGGCAUCGUAAUGAACAGCUUCCUGGAGAUGGAGCCGGAGUAUGCCGCCGGCUACGCGGCCGCCAGGGGGAUGAAGGUCUGGACCGUGGGGCCGGUCUCGCUCUACCACCAGCACGCCGCCACGCUGGCAUUGAGGGGGAACACCACAACCAUCGACGCCGAGGAGUGCAUCCAGUGGCUCGACGGCAAGGAGCCCGGCUCCGUGGUGUACGUCAGCUUCGGGAGCAUCGUGCACGCGGACCCGAAGCAGGUCUCGGAGCUCGGCCUCGGGCUGGAAGCAUCUGGCUACCCGUUCAUCUGGGUGGUCAAGGGCGCCGACCGGCACAACGAGGCAACGCUCGCCUUCCUUCGGGAGCUCGAGGCGCGUGUCGCGGGGCGCGGACUGCUCAUCUGGGGCUGGGCGCCGCAGGCGCUGAUCCUGUCGCACCGCGCGGCGGGCGGCUUCGUGACGCACUGCGGGUGGAACUCCACGCUGGAGGCGGUCACGGCGGGGCUGCCGGUGGUGACAUGGCCGCACUUCACGGACCAGUUUCUGAACGAGAAGAUGGCGGUGGAGGUGCUGGGGAUCGGCGUGAGCGUCGGGGUGAAAGAGCCCGUGGUGUACCAGGUGAGGAAGAAGGAGAUCGUGGUUACGAGGGCGACGGUUGAGAAUGCGGUGAGGGCCGCCAUGGACGGCGGGGAGGAGGGCGAGGAGAGAAGGAACCGGGCGCGCGCGCUCGCCGGGAAGGCGAGGGCAGCCAUGUUGGAAGGCGGCUCAUCGCAUGGCAACCUGUGCGAUCUGGUUAAGCGUUUCCAGAUGGUGGGCGCGACACGUGGUGCGGCCGCGUGAGACAUGUGCUUUGCCGAGCGUGACGAGUUUUUUUUUUCUUCUUCUUUGGACGAGUUGAUCUCGAUGUCUUUUGCGUUCUGAAUUGCAAAAUAAAUGCUUCUACUACUCUUUCUUCUACGUGAAACCAUCCCAUCUUCCGCCUUUGCCUUAAUCCAGAGACUCAGCCAUCUUCUCA